CUGUCCUCCCCUCUCCUCUCCUCUCCACUCUUCUCCUCCUUUUUUCCCUCCUCGCACUGUCUCCCGAUGAGCUCCUAUUUUGUCAACUCCUCUUUCCCGGUGACGCUACCGGGGACGGGUGGCGGCAGCCAGGCGGCGGAGUCCUUCCUGGGUCAGAUCCCGCUCUACUCCUCGGGAUACGCCGCCGACCACCCGCUCCGGCACUACCCGGGGGCGGCUGCUGUUACGGCUGCCGCGGCCGUAGCUUACGGCGCGAGCGGCGGCGGCGCAGGGGUCGCAGGCGGCGGCGUGCACCAGGAUAAAUCGUACGCCGCGUCCGCUUACUACCAGCAGGCGGCAAAUGGAGUGUACGGCGGGCACCGGGCGGGUGGAGUUGGGGGCGCGACCGGAGCCGGUGCCUGCGACUACGCGGCUGCGGCUGCCGCGGCUGCAGCCGCAGCCACGAGCUUCUACCGGGACAAGGAGCACGCGUGCAGCCUGGAGGAACACCAGCUCGCUCUGAGUCAGGACGGCAUGCACCGUAAAGCGGAGUGCGCGGGGCUGAGUGGGAAGGGGCUGUUCGGUGACAGCAUGGACGACAAAGCGGCGUCGGUGCCCAUUUACCCGUGGAUGCAGCGGAUGAACUCAUGCAACGGAACUUUCGGUAACCCCGGGAGACGCGGGCGCCAGACGUACACGCGCUACCAGACGCUCGAGCUGGAGAAAGAGUUCCACUUCAACCGGUACCUGACGCGGCGGCGGCGGAUUGAGAUCGCGCACGCGCUCUGCCUAACGGAGCGUCAGAUCAAAAUCUGGUUCCAGAACCGCAGAAUGAAGUGGAAGAAGGAGAACAAGCUCAUCAACUCUUCCUCCUCCUCCUCAUCAUCAUCCUCUUCCUCCACGGGGAACGGUGCAGAGGAAGAGGAGAAACGGACGGACUGAAAGAGGACAGCAUUUAAAAAAAAAAAAAAACUGAAAAGAGGAGGAAGAGAAGGAUGAAUAAGAGAAAAUUUCUCCACAUCUCAAAGUUCAAACUCUGAGGGAUUUUCUUUUCCUUUUGUUUUUUUUUUAAGUCGAGGAGAAAUGAGGGAAGAAAAGAGGGAGAAUGGAAUUCUUCCUUUCAUCACGCUCCACCUGUAACAUUUGUACCCGAACUUCUUUUGGGGCCGGUUCUAUCUUUCCUGUGUGUCUGAAAAUAGUCCACUAAUAUGAAAGGAAGAUUAAGGAACCGUCAGACUGUGGACAGGAAAGAGCAGCGAAAUAAAACAAAGAAAGAAGAAAUUACAACAUUUAAGACAAAAGAAAGAAAAGUAGGCGAAGGCUGUUGAAGACGCGAUUUCUUGUUGCAUUCCAAGAAAAACACAAAACACUUAGAGUCAACUAGUUUAUUGUAUUAUUUUACUUUUACAAAUCUGAUUUAAAACGUACUUCCUAACUGUCAGGCACUUGCUGUGAAGCUUUAGGACUCGAACACCCGCUCCCUUUAAACCAAAUUCUCAUUUUGUAACCGUGUCGUGUGCAUUAUACCUUCAGACAAACACACACAACACGGAUUAAGGAUAUUUGAGACGUGUAUGUAUAUCGUAUUUAAACUGUAUAGGGGGAGGAAUAAAAUCACCUAUAGGAGGGUGACAAUGAUAAUAAUGUCAUUUGUGGGUGGGGUUUGGGUAAUUUAACCUUUCCAGCUGUUUCAUUAUUUUAGCAGUAUUUGAUGGGUUGGGAUUUAGAACCUACUGAUGUUAAUCGCCAAACUACCUAAAAACGUUCAGGAAAGUGUAUAUUUUAUGGAUUUUGUACAUGGUUUUGUUUUUGUUAGUGUCUUUGUCAAGUAAUUGCGUAUAUACUACCUAUGAGAAAUGCUCAAUAAAAUGUAAAGAAACCAUA